AACAUCCGGGUUAUUUUGCAUUGGUUUCUAUGAUCAACAACAAACAGUCAAGAGUUAGGCACAAGAAACUGUCGUAUUUUUCAGCCGAAAGAGAACUAGAUAUCUACAAUUCAAAAUGCCUCCAAAGAAAGGGAAGAAGAAGGGUAAGAAGAAGUCUGCAAAGGCCAAGACUCCAACUGUCAUUGAUGGAAUCUCUACAGAGGAAAUGUCUAAGGAGCAGUUGGAGGAGCAUAUCACGAGGCUGAGAGAGGAGUUAGAUAGGGAGAGAGAAGAGAGAAAUUACUUUCAGCUUGAGAGAGAUAAAGUGAAUACAUUCUGGGAGAUCACCAAGAGGCAAUUUGAAGAGUCUAAAGCUGGUCUUAGAAAUAAAGAUAGAGAGAUGGAAGAUGCUGAAGAGAGGCAUCAAGUUGAAAUUAAGGUUUACAAGCAGAAGGUCAAGCACUUGUUGUACGAGCAUCAAAAUAACAUAUCUGAACUGAAAGCAGAGAGUGCAGUGGCAUUGAAACUUGCCCAGGAUGAUAACCGUUCAUCAGAAGGUGAUCUCAGGAAAGAUAAACGCAAUCUCAAAGUUUCUCUCAAGGAACAGGAGCUAGCUCAUGAAGAUAUCAUCAAAGAUCUCAAAAUGAAAAAUGAUGAGUUAGUAACCAAUCUUAGAGCAGACUUUGAAAGAGAAGCAAGAGAAAUUGAGGCUAAAUACGAGAGGAAGAUGCGUUCAUUGAGAGAAGAGCUUGAACUAAGACGAAAGACAGAGAUUCACGAGAUUGAGGAGAGGAAGAAUAGUCAGAUCAAUACACUAAUGAGGAAUCAUGAGAAAGCUUUCAGUGAUAUCAAGAAUUACUACAAUGAUAUCACACUCAAUAACCUGGCUCUCAUUAACUCACUCAAGGAACAAGUAGAAGAAAUGAAGAAGAAAGAGGAGAGGAUGGAGAAGCAUAUGAAUGAGAUCCAGGCUGAGAAUAGACGUCUGAAAGAACCAUUAGAGAAAGCCAGAGAGGAGGUAGCAGAACUAACCAGACAACUAGCUAAUUAUGAAAAAGACAAGGCUUCAUUGGCGAGUGCUAAAGCAAGGUUAAAGAUCAUGGAUAAGGAAUACAAAGAUCUUCAAUGGGAACAUGAUGUACUGGAACAGAGAUUUGAACAGUUACAGAGUGAAAGAGAUGAAUUGUAUGCCAAGUUUGUGAAGGCCAUCCAUGAGGUACAGCAGAAGAGCUCUUUUAAGAACCUUCUUCUUGAAAAGAAACUUGGUGCCCUCUCCGACACAUUAGAGAAGAAGGAGGCUCAACUCAACGAGGUUCUUUCUGCGUCCAAUCUGGAUCCUACGGCACUCACUGUGGUUACAAGAAAACUGGAGGAUGUCUUGGAUUCCAAGAACAGUGCCAUCAAAGAUCUGCAGUAUGAGCUGGCUCGAGUCUGCAAGGCACACAAUGACUUGCUCCGUACAUACGAGGCCAAGCUACAGGCGUUUGGCGUUCCAACUGAAGAGCUAGGAUUCAAGCCUCUUGAGAGCACGAUAGGGGGACAGCAGCUGGGACAGGGAGCAGCGGGAUUGGUGGCCGCUCCUACAUAAUCUCGUUCAAUGGUCACUUACCAUUCCAAGAACAUUUGUGGAAUAUUGUUCAUAUAAACUCAUUUGAUCAUCUUGAAUUUCCAAAGUCAUUCUGGAAGUACAGCAUUCAGUAGCCAUGUCUGUGACACUCUCCAUUUAUUCCCUCUUGAAAACCAUUAGCCAUUCUGCAAGUACCAACUAUCUCACUAGUAUUAGGUUGAUAUUUACUUUGGAAGAAUGUCUACGACCCAUACUUUUCAUUGUUAUUUUGUAAACAUGCAUAUACCAAAGUACACCAUUGAUUUUGGCAUCAAGUGUCUUUAUGUAUCUUGAUUACUUCAGUUAGUUACACAAUUGAAGCAUUCACACAAAAUGUUCUUAUGAUCUAAUCUUGAAAUAAAAAUAAAAUGCCCUAAUAUCACCUAUUGAAACACAACAGUCCUGACAUCAGAGAGAAACAAAUUGCAUGUAAUAGAAUGUUAUCUUUAUUAUGUGCAUAACCUUUUCCGUCCAAAAUCAAAUUAUUUUAGGAAGCCCAGGGAUAUUUAUUUUUUAGUUUAACUCUUCCUUUUCAGAAUUCUCUGAUAUUUGAAGUGGGAUGGGGGGGGGGUGGAUUUUAAGUUCACCUUCUACAUUUCAAGUAUUUGAAGAGUUGGAAGAUAUCACACUCUUUGGUUGAUUUGUUAUUGGGAAUAUCAUCACACUACCUUAGAUUGUGACAUGGUACUAGAGAAGCCUGUCCAUCAAUUUAUCCCAAGAGCUUGUAUUUCUUUUAAAAAAAAAGGACUUUUUAACUUAAAUGCCCAAAUUCACAAAGAUGAUAGAGAAUCUCUCAUUACAAUUUCCUUACAAACAUGGUUCAUGCAGAUUUCAUGCAUUAUCACUUAAUUCAACGCAUAUUCUGUAUUUAGACAGGUACGGUAUUGAUUGCUAACCAGCAUCACCUUUUGUCAUAGGAUGCUAAAUUCAUGAUUGCAUUUGCUUGUUGCUUAGGAAAUGAAUGAGCCCAAUCUGUACAUUAAUGAAUUUUCAUGAACAGUGGAUUCGAACCAUAGCAAACAGAGCAUGCAUUUAGCCCCCUAUGACAAAACAUGUUCACUUUUGGACAUUUUUUAAGAUUAUGUUAGCAAGACCAAAGGAUGACAUCUCCAUAAACCAUCUAUUCAAAGGCACCUUUAUGAAUUUGGGCAAGAGACCUUCAUGUUGCAGGAUGUAGGUCUUACAGAGGCAUCAAAGUUUUUAUGUGGUAUAUAUUCUAUACUUUGUGUGUCUAAGUUAAUUCACUCUACACAUUCAGUUCAUACAGGUGUACUUAUAUUUUAUGUAAAUAUUUGUAAAAAAAUAUUGGAUUAUAGAAAAUUUGUUAAAGUUCAUUGCUUUGAUGAACAUAUGUUUGUUCAUCAAUGUGAAUAAAAUGCUUCUAAGAGUGUACAAUAAUACUUCUGGUUCUUUUUUCGGGAAGUGAUUUGGCAUAAGUUACACAACACAAAGUAAUCAGUAAUCACAUUUCAAUCAUUAUUUGUCCCUCCUCUUUUUCACACAUAAGCACCAAUAUAUAACACUGUUUCCAUUCUUUUUUUGUCAACCCUUAAAGAGGAAGUUCACCCUGAAGUAGUUUGUUGUAAAUAUUGCAGAAAACAUUAUAAAAUAUAUUGGUGAAGGUUUGAGGAAAAUCCAUUAAAGAUUAAAAAGGUUAUUAGAAUUUCAAGUUUGGGAUUGGUGACGUCAUAAACGAGCAGCUGCCCCUUAUGCUAUGUAAUAUAAAUGCAUAAAUUUCAAUUUUUUAAUGGUUCGUGGGGACUUACUUUUUUUUUCUUUUUUGGAAGGGGUGUGAAAUUAUUUGUCUAUUGAUAUACUGAAGGUACAGUGAAAACCAUUUUCAAUUUUCUGAGAAAAUGACAUUUCAAUUAUUUUUUUACCACACAAUAUGUAGGAAAGCUGUUCGCAUAUGACAUCACAAAUCAAAUUCUAGUAACUUUUUUAAUUCUCUAAUGAAUUUUUCUAAAACUUUCGGUAAUAUUUUUUAAUUAUUUUUUUUCUGCUAUUUUUACAAUUAACUUUUUGUCAGGGUGAACUUCCCUUUAAAAGAAGGCAUAAAACAAGGCACUGUUAACAUCUAGUUCAGUUUACUUCUCAACCCUUCCUCUCUUCUGCCUUUUUUUUCUCUAAUCCUCCCUCUUCCACUGAAUGUCUUUCUCAUUCUCAGUCACCUCAUCAAAAUGUCUUAACUAUCCUCU